AUGAGUUUGAGAAAGUUCUUUAACCCUGAAGUACUGUUCUUCAAUAUUUUCUAUUUAGCCAAGACAAGAGACUAUGAGAAUAAUCUCUUGGCCAAGGUACAGGCCCUUGAGGAGAAUAUAACAAGCCUUCAACUGGGUUUGGGCGAGAAGGGCGAGAAGGGCGAGAAAGGCGAGAAGGGCGAGAAAGGCCAGAAGGGCGAGAAGGGUGAGAAGGGCGAUUCGGGAUCAAAUUGUACAUACAACUUACAGGGCGAGAAGGACGAGAAGGGCGAGAAGGGCGAGAAGGGUGAGAAGGGCGAUUCGGGAACAAAUUGUACCCACAACUUACAGGAUCCAAACAAACCUUCUGCUCACAUUGAAGCUGCCCAGAAGAGUGCCGGCGUGCCUUAUGGUGCCAACACAGUGAUAAAGGACUGGUCUGUCAGUGCUCCAAGCAGCGACCUGGCAGGCGGCAUGAAGUACCACGACGGAAACCUGACUGUGCCCACCCCUGGACGGUACUACAUCUACACACAACUUUACUAUCACUCCACUGGGAGAGUCCACGUUCGUGUAAACAACAAAUGCUUUACCAUGAUACAACCACUGAGUGGAGGAACCGGCGAAGGUGCUCUGUACGCUGGAGGAGUGUUUAACCUCAAGGCUGGUGACGUCAUCUCGCUGGUAGCAACAAACUCCAUCAGACUUUAUAUGUCCUCAAAGUGUCACAGUUAUUUUGGUGCAUUUUUGAUUUGAGUUUCAUUCGUUGCAUUCUUAGUGUCGUGACCGAAACUCCUCUCUAUCUCCAUUGACUAAUGGCAAGGAUUUUAAAGCUUGGCUUGCUAUUUUUGUGACGACAUUUAUUGUUGUUCUGGUUUCACGUAAUAUUUCAGACUGCUUUGUGAUUGUAAUUUCUCUUACGACGAUUACAAUAAAUUAGUGAGGCAAUCUCAGAUA